AUGGAUGGCUUCGCCUAUUUUUAUUUGAACAAUGCGCCCAGACACAAUAGUACUGCCCAUCGCCAGUCGCUGGGUGCUACUUCUGGCCAUGUGAAUCCUCCUCAUCAGCCCUCCUCGCCCUCUUCUCUUCCCACUUCUCUCCCAUCCUCGCCUCCAACAUCGCCGCUCUCGCUGUCCCGCUCCACUUCGCCUUUUCGCAGAUCACGUCGCAGACGACCCUCCGCUGCAACCACCACUUCUGAUCUUCUUUUCGACCUCUAUAGAAAAGACUCCGCUUCUUCAGAAGUGACAACAAAGCCCGGGGAUAUGGAGGGAGCGACGAUUCGCGAACAACGGCAGGCCACAAGCGGCAGCAUUUCCUCUGCCGCCAGCAGCUCCUCUCACAACCUGCUCGCUAACCCCUUCGAACUACGCCACGGCCGUCGAUACCUACGCGAUGUGACAUACCCUCUCCCCUGCGACCUUUCAGAGAUCCAACGUCAGUCUUUGCGAACACUGCUCGGCGUCACUAUCCUCGGCAAGCCGUCAUGCGUCCCGAAUGUCGCAAAAGAUGUACCCAAAAGAGUCUUGGAGUUAGGUUGUGGAAGUGCGUUCUGGACGGGUAGCUGCCACGAGUGGUUUUCUAGCCUAGGACACCCCAAUGUCGAGUUUACAGGACUGGACUUUGCGCCGCUGGCACCAGAUCUUCGACGACAAGGAGUAAACUGGAAAUUCAUACAACACGAUUUCCGACGCUUUCCUUGGCCGUUUGAGAACGACCAAUUCGAUUAUAUCAUGCUGAAAGACUUGUCUUUGACAGUACACAUGGGUCUCGAGACGCAGCGCUUCAUGGACGAAAUAAUGCGCAUCCUGGCUCCUAAAGGCACGCUCGAGAUUUGGGAAUCAGACCAUGUAUUGCGCUGCUUGCUACCACAACCACUACCGCCAAAAGGCAUGACGGCAGAAGAAGAAAAGACAUGUCGCGACACGAAGACCUAUCUCAUCUCCACAGCCACACCCUUCGCACCGGCGCAAAACAGAUACAUCGCGGACUCCAACACCUGGAUUCACACUGCUUUGGACAAACUCAAUCUGCCCUCUUCACCCUGCACUCGUAUGGCCGAGAUCCUGUACCAAGAGACAGCUCUCGUAGACGUUACUUCCCGCCGCAUCGCCAUCCCUCUAGGCCAGAUGCGCUGGGAAANNAAGGAUUCGGAGGGCAAGCUCAUCCGCUCAGGCAGCAGCGGUAACCUCUUCGGCACCGUCUCGCCCAGAGCAAGCAAACCAAAAGCUAGUGGUGAAGCAAUGCUCACGGAUGACCAAGCCGCCGUGCGCUCCACAGCCAUGCUCACCGUGAUCCAAAAGAUUGAGUCUCUGGAACCGUUGCUCAAAGAGGCCAGCGGCAAGAAUGCUGAAGAGUGGACGCGAUGGUGGGCUGGUAUGAUGACUUCACUGCUCGACCAAGAGAACAGCGGUGGUGGCAGCGAGGUUCUUGAGAUCGGAGCUUGGUGGGCCACCAAAGAGAGUUCCUGA